AUGACGUUCCGGACCAAGGGCCUCAACAAGCAGCAGCAGCAGCAACAGCUACAGCGGGGACAACAGGACUCGCACUAUCCCAACAACAAUCACCGACAGCACCGGAACCGUUACGACGACGAGGACGGCGGCGGCGUUGACGACAAGACCGGCGCGCCAGCCGACCGUCAUCAGCCACCGUCGUCCGCAGCUUUGGGCGGCGGCGGAACAGCUGCGGCUUACGGUCCCCGGCGUCUUGUCGUACAGCACAAGGUGAUAACUACUCCUAGUAAUUCUAGUGGAACAUUAAAUCCUGAAGCACACGAAUUCAAGUAUAAGUCAAUGACUGCAAAUCUAUCAAAGUCUGACGAUGAACCAAAUAAAAAAAAAAAUGCGGAAACCGGAAAUAAGAAUAAAGGUAAAUAUCAUUUUUAA